UCCGCCCUCGGCUACGCCCUUUCGAGGCCCCGCCCCCGCCCGCCCCGCGGCGCAUUGUGGGAUCUGUCAGCGGACUCGGAGGCUGAGGACGCACGGCGGGGUCAUGGGUUGCCAGCAGAGCCCGGUCCUGCUGGCUUCCCUGGCGGUGGGGCUGCUGACGCUCAUCGGCGUGGCUCUGGGUACCUACUUUUUUCGGAAGUCCCGCCACGCGCUAGUCACUCUCCUGGAUCCCAAUGAGAAGUACAUGCUGCGGCUCAUCGACAAGACGACCGUGAGCCACAACACCAAGAGAUUCCGCUUUGCCCUGCCCACCUCCCACCACAUUCUGGGGCUGCCAGUGGGCAAACAUGUGUACCUCUCUGCCAAGAUCGAUGGCAACCUGGUCAUCAGACCAUACACUCCUGUCACCAGUGAUGACGACAAAGGCUAUGUGGAUCUUGUCAUCAAGAUCUACCUGAAGGAUGUGAACCCCAAAUUUCCAGAGGGAGGGAAGAUGUCUCAGUACCUGGAUAGCCUGAAGAUCGGGGAUGUGGUGGGGUUUCGAGGGCCCAGCGGCCUGCUCACUUACACCGGCAAAGGGAAUUUUAGCAUUCAGCCCAACCAAAAGUCACCACCGGAACCCCGAGUGGCAAAGAAACUGGGAAUGAUUGCGGGAGGAACAGGAAUCACCCCAAUGCUACAGCUGAUCUGUGCCAUCAUGAAAGAUCCUCAGGAUGGAACCCAAUGCUUUCUGCUUUUUGCCAACCAGACUGAAAAUGACAUCAUCCUGCGGGACGACUUGGAGGAACUGCAGGCCCGGUAUCCUAACCGCCUGAAGCUCUGGUUCACGCUAGACCAUGCCCCAGAAGAUUGGGCGUACAGCAAGGGCUUUGUGACGGCCGACAUGAUCCGGGAGCACCUGCCUGCCCCAGGGGAUGACGUCCUGAUUCUGCUCUGUGGGCCACCCCCGAUGGUGCAACUGGCCUGCCACCCUAACUUGGACAAACUGGGCUACUCGCAAAAGAUGCGCUUCACCUACUGAUUGGCCCCCUUGUUUUCCUGGUCUCUGCGGCUGUUCCCAAACAGUAUUCAAAUGCCAUAAGCCUUUUCUGAUGACAGCGGCCUUUUUUUUGUCUUACUUUGGGGCUGAAGUCUGGAUGAGACCUGCAGCCAUAACCAUCCUUGUUAACCACGGAAGAGGCCCAGGCUGGGUCCAUCUUGGGAGGUUUCUCAGAUCUCUCUGUGACCUGUCGUCUAUGCCAUGGUCCCAGUCCCCAGAAAAUGUUAGAGGAAGUCUUAGACUUGCUCCUUAGCAGAAUUUUAAUAUUCUGAACAUAUGUGCAUAUGAAGUUCAGCCACAAGGUAAAAAUUUUAGUGAAUUUGGGGGUGUAGAGCAUCUGUCUGCCAGGUUAGCUCCAUGGAAUAACGUCUCCCAUGAGUCAGAGAAUUGGAAGUAUGUACAUUUGUUCCCAAAUGGCUGAUUCCUUCAUAGCAUCACACGCUGUGUCUGGGAGUAAAGGAACACUCUGUAUCACGGAUGCUUUUCUCCAUAUCUGGUGCUUGACUCACGGCAGAUGCUUAACGUGUGAGCACAGGUUGAACAGACUCCUGAAAGGAGCCUCAGAGAAAUUGCUGGAAAAGAUGAAAUGGCUUCUUGGGACCUCCAAGUCACAGGGUGGGGGAGGGGGAGGAAUCUGAGCUAUGGAUCUGUGGCUGGAGGGAGGUGGCUUCCCACUGCCUGCUCAUGGCAGAGACC